UGCAGGGUGGAGAAGUACCGGCCGCAAGCGCUGUCGGAGCUGGUGUCUCACCGGGAUAUCCUCAGCACCGUGCAGCGGUUCAUCAGCGAGGAUCGGCUCCCGCAUCUUCUCCUCUACGGUCCUCCCGGUACCGGUAAGACCUCCACCAUCCUCGCUUGCGCCAAGCAGCUCUACCGGGAGCGGGAGUUUGGUUCCAUGGUGCUGGAGCUCAACGCCUCCGAUGACCGGGGUAUCGACAUCGUCCGAGGCCCCAUCCUGAGCUUCGCCAGCACCAGGACCAUCUUUAAGAAAGGCUUCAAGCUCGUCAUCCUGGAUGAAGCUGACGCCAUGACCCAGGAUGCUCAGAACGCCCUGAGGCGAGUGAUCGAGAAGUUCACGGAAAACACCCGCUUUUGCCUCAUCUGCAACUACCUCUCCAAGAUCAUCCCCGCCUUGCAGUCCCGCUGCACACGCUUCCGCUUCGGCCCCCUCACACCGGAGCUGAUGGUGCCCCGGCUGCGGCACGUCAUACAGGAGGAGGGGGUGGAUGUGACUGAGGAUGGGAUGAAGGCUCUGGUUACCCUCUCGAACGGUGACAUGCGCAGGGCCCUCAAUAUCUUGCAGAGCACCACCAUGGCCUUUGGGAAGGUGACGGAGGAGAACGUCUACACCUGCACGGGACACCCCCUCAAGUCUGACAUUGCCAACAUCCUUGACUGGAUGCUGAACCAGGACUUUUCCACCGCCUAUCGCAAAAUCACGGAGCUGAAGACGCUGAAGGGCUUGGCCCUGCAGGACAUCCUCACCGAGAUCCACCUGUUUGUGCACAGAGUUGAUUUCCCGCCCUCGGUCCGCAUUCAGCUACUGAUCAAAAUGGCAGACAUCGAGUACCGGCUGGCUGCUGGGACCAGUGAAAAGAUUCAGCUGAGCUCCCUCAUCGCGGCUUUCCAAGUCACCAGGGACCUGAUUGUGGCCGAAGCCUGA